AUGAAUGACCUCAAAAAUAUAAAUUGUAGGAUUAUUAAAGAAGUGAAUGAUACAACGAGCUCUCACAAAAACGUAGACUCUCAAUUCUCUAGUAAAAAGGAAAAUCAUGUAGAAAAGGAGACCGUAAAUAGGUAUGACUUCAAAAAUACGGGAAACAGUUUAGUGCUGCACACUGAGGUAUCGUCUACUAUAGAAAAUCUACCCUCUAUCAACCACAAUAAUAAAAUAUGGAGUAAGCGGAAAAAGAGCGUCAUAACGCGCAAGUUUUUAUGCCUGAAAGAAGCUCCACCCUUCAAUGCCAAAGAGAGGGAAGCUGAAAUUUUGUUAACUGAACCUAAGGAUGGAGAUAAUGAGAUGGAGGCAGAAAAUGAAGAAUAUUAUACAUCACCGCCAUUAACCCAUUAUAACAAUGCUUUUCGCGAUGAAAGGAAUAGACAUGAGGAGGUCAAAGAUUUAGAAAGUGAAUAUGAAAAUAACGGGAAAUCAUACGGUCAUAGUGGGUGCGAAAGCUUGGAAGAGUUAAAUUACAAAGAAUAUAAAAACAGCACCCAAUACUUUGGAAGUGACGAAAAGGCAAUGCACGAUAAAACAAACAUUUCUCUUUCUCCUUAUAAUUUCGCCGACCAGGGAGAAGACUUCAAGAAUGGGUCUAAUAUUUCCAAUGGGUUCAACAAUCAGAAUUUAACGGCCUCUCACAAGCGAGGCUACUACAAGGCUUAUACUAAGGGGCAACUUAUGAAAGCUCUGGAAGCCGUCCAAACUGCUAAAAUGAGUGGGGAACAAGCGGCAAAAUUUUUUAAGGUACUUUCUAUUUACUAA